GUUGCCUCUGAAUCGGAAUUCCAACCUUGUGAUCUUAUUAAAAAAUUUAAAAAAUGGACAAGUACUCAUGAUAUUUAUUCGUUGAAAAAAAUCAUUAAAGAUAACAAAAUAUCAGAUGAAAUGUUAGUUGAGUCUAUUGAAUUGUUAGCUGACUCAUCUGCAUUUAAAUAUUAUAGCAUUGAAGCUAUCUCUAAACUAGAAUCGCAUCUUCGCACCUUAGUUUCUCUCAUAGAAGUAAUUUGCAAAAAUGAAAUUCGGAUUCGACAUGAUUUGAGAGAAAAAAUUUAUACUAAGUUAGGAAAAUUUGCUGAGAUACAUUUUCGAUCAACUGAAGUUAAUGAAGAAGGUUUUAAUAAAGUUUUUAAAUCAAAAUAUGAAGAUUUUAAUCCACAUUCAAAUGACAGUAACAUCCAUAAGGAUGGAAAGCGUAAUUACAAUAUUGAUUUCUUGUUAUUACACUUGCGAGAUACUCUUCAUUGUAUGAGAGAUGAUGAGAAUAAAUUUCUGGAAGUAUGGAAUAGAAUAAAAUCACUCCUUCAUAUAAUAUUAGGUAGUGCUCCAGGACUUGUAAAAACCAGAAUUUCACAUGGUGCAGAUUUACCCAUAGACAAUGGUGUAGAAUUACUGUUUAAAUGUUUACAAGAAGCCUUUAAUUGGAA